AUGCGAUUCCUGGGUUACCCUUGGCCGCACCGUCACAACAUAAUAACAGCUCGUCCCUAUUUGGAGGAGUCCAAAAGCACUCAACGGGUUGAAAAAACUUCAACCAAAAGUCUAGGAACAAAUGGUUGGUGGAGGGUUCAACUUCGUAAUCAUGUAGUUCAGUUCUAUGAAGAUAAGUUCAAUGGCCAAGAUCCGGUGAUAGAAGGUGAUUUAUUUUAUUUUGAGCAUGCUUCAAUUUCUGUUGAGGAGAGCAACGCCAUGGAUAUGAUUCCUUCCCCGGAAGAAAUUAAGCAAGCUGUUUUUGAUCUGAGUGCGGAUAGUGCCCCAGGGCCGGAUGGUUUCUCUGGUUGUUUCUAUCGUCAUUGUUGGGAUAUUAUUCAUGAUGAUUUAUCCAAGGCCAUUAUUCAUUGUUGGAAUGCGGGUAGUAUUCCAAAUGGUGUUAAUUCAUCUUUUAUCAUCUUGCUGGCUAAGGUAAGGGGUGCUAAUACUCUUCGAAAUUUCAGACCAAUUGGUCUUAGUAAUUUUUUCUUCAAAAUUUUCACUAAGAUCCUAGCUACUAGACUUGGUGCAGUUUUGGAUAAGCUUGUGUCUGAAGAACAGGUAGCCUUCAUGAAAGGGAGGAAUAUUCAUGAGAAUAUUAGCUUGGCGUCGGAGAUGGUUAAUGAGUUGCAUUAUAAACGCAAGGAUGGAAACAUUGGCCUUAAACUUGAUAUUUCUCAAGCUUUUGACACGUCUGCUAGAAUUUCUGUCAUUUUGAAUGGUAGCACGGAAGGUUACUUCAAAAUUAACAGAGGUUUGCGUCAAGGUGAUCCCCUCUCCCCUUUGAUUUUUGUCUUGAUUGAGGAUGUUCUUAGCAGAAAUAUUACGAAGCUUUUUCGUGAUAAAAAGAUGACGCCCAUGGUAACUAGAGGUGACUUGUUGGGUAGUUAUCAUCGUGCUUCAGGUCAGACUGUUUGUCGUCAAAAGAGUAAGAUUUAUUAUGGUGGUGGUUCUUCGAGUUGGUGUAAUUAUAUUGCAUCUUAUUUGGGGAUGAGUGGAGCUACUUUUCCGGACCGCUAUUUGGGAGUUCAAAUUAUGCCAGGUAUUGUUCGAUAUCGCCAUAUUAGCAAUGUUGUUGAAAAGAUUAAAAAUCAGCUUGCUGGUUGGAGAGGGAGGUUAUUAUCUUUUCAUGAUCGCAUUGUUCUUUUUAAAUCAGUUAUUGCCAGUUAUUACAUUCAUAAUAUGGCUAUUUAUAAGUGGCCUCGUAAGUUUAUUCUUCAAUGUGAGAGGGCUAUCCGUAACUUUAUUUGGUCUGGUGAUUCGAACAUUAAUCGUGUAGUGGUAGUGGCUUUUGAUAAAAUCUGUUGCCCUUUUGAGGAGGGGGGUCUCGGACUAACUCUUAUGGCCACUAUGAACAAAGCUCUUAUUAUGAAACUUUGGUGGAAGAUUCGUAAUUCUACAAAGAAGUGGGCUCUUUUCCUGAAGGCAAAAUUAUUUGAUCGUAAGGGUUGUAUUAAGCAUUCGGGGGUUAAAUCUUCUAUUUUUCCUGGUUUAAGGAGUGUGUAUAAUUGUGUGGAAAAGAAUACUAAGGUCUUAAUUGGUGAUGGUAGAGAUACUUCUCUUUAUUAUGACAUUUGUUUUGAUAAGACUAGUAUUGCUGAUGUGCUAAAUGAUUAUUCUCUCGAUGCAACAGCUAGAGUAAGUGAUAUUUUAAAGGAUGACCUUUGGGAUAUUCCUGAAAUUCACUUGCAAUACUUGAUUGCUUCUGGUCUAGAGUUGAAUAGGAUUCCAAUUCCUAUGGGUGGAGCUGAUGUUAGGGUAUGGAUGCCGGAGUUGAAGGGUGAGUUCAGUGUUAAGUCUGCAACUGAGUUGCUUCGGCAGAAGUAUUCUCGGUUAGAAGGUACGCAGCUUCUGUGGAGAAAAGAAGUUCAUCCCGUUCUUACUGCUCAGAACUGGAAAUUCUUGCGUGGAGCUUGUGCUACGUAUGACCUUAUCAGGCGCAGAGCCUGUAAUUGGCUAGCUGAUGUGUUCAAGUUACAACCUAAUGCUAACCUUAUUGUUUCUUUUAAAGCAGCAAAAGGAAGGAGUCAUAUUGUCCGUGAUCUGUGGCUUAUUGCCAACCUUGUUCUUAGGUCGGAGCUAUGGCAGUUGCGGAACAAGGCUGUUUUCGAGCAUAAAAAGCCUAAUUGGAGUAUCUUUCAUAAGCGCGUUCUGAAGUUGAUACAAGAUUAUUCAAUUCGGCUCAAGGGUCAUAUGAACAAUAGUGAUGAUGAUGUUGUUCUUCUGAACUAUUUUAGAGUUCAGCACCGUAGUGUGAAGUUGCAUCAUCCUGUGGCUUGUUUUUGGUUACCGCCUGAGGCUAAUGAAUUACAAAUUUGUUGUGAUGGAGCGGCGAGAGGUAACCCAGGCAUUGCGGGUGUAGGUGUAGUAGCUAGGGAUGAGCAUUUUUCAGUACUUGGUGCUAUGAGUAUUGUGCUAGGAGUCACGACGAAUUAUUUAGCAGAAUUGUACGGCAUUAUUGUUGGUUUGGAGUGGGCUAUGCAAUGGGGUUUUUCUUGUAUUUGUAUACGGUCUAAUUCUAUGGGAGUUGUUGAAGCUUUCAAGAAUGACUCAAUUCCCUGCUGA